AGGUUUUUAUUUUAUCAGCAGAAAGCAAUCUCAGUGGAGCUCCUCCUGUUUCUACAUUUCUGUCCAGUUGAAGAAAUGAGUCACAAAUAAAAUCAAACAAGAAAUAUGUAUAAUAACAUGGAAGCAAUGAAUAUAACAACAGACAGCAGUUGCACAUAUUCAGGAAAACAUUAUUCAACCAUCUCAGAUUCUUAUAGCGUAGAAUUUGGUUCUUUGUGGAGAUAUUUGUGUAGUUUUUGUUUACUUUCUGGGGCACAUUUUCUUAAAAAGUGACUCGUUGACCCAUUUUCAGCAGGUUUUUCUGCACGUUGAUUUUUCAUGCUGGCAAUAAAAAGUAUUUGAUGUAAAGCUAAAAUUUCACAAACAUUUUUGUAAAUACAUUAAUAAGAAUUCAGGCAAAUCAGAGAUGUAAAAAUCUGAUGUUCUGAGAUGGAACGACCCAUUUCAGCUUUUAUGUUUUUAAUUAUCUGACUUUAUUUUGUAGAAAUCUGUUUUCUCUUUGACAGUAAACAUUAGUUUAUUUUUUAAUUGUAUGGACUUUAAGCCAAGUUCGAUUGACCAUGAUUCACUGUUGAGCAGCAGCUAAAGGAGAAAACAUCAGCAGGAAGUGGAGCCUUUUAUAGACAUGCUUACCUGUGGCAGGUAGACGGUGAUGGUCAGAGGUUUGUUUUGCUGUGUGACUGGAGUGUUUCUCUUCCUGGAACAAGAGAGAAAAACCCCAUCAGAUCCAGUCUGAGCACAUAGCUCCUUGUUUCCUGGUGUUCAGAUUAGUGAAAACAUUCUGUAAAACAAACUGUGAAAAUCUGAUGGUACGGAUGCCAGAAAAAAAAAAAGUUCCAAUUAAAAACUGUGAAAAUAACAACUCCAGUAAAAGCAGCAUCAUUUUACAGUUUUUGUAAAAAUACAGAUGUUUGAUGAGACACAUAAAUUAACACUUUUAAAUAAGAUUUUACUAGUUAUUAUCUAUCAUUUAACUUAUGAAAAGUCAGUCAUAGGAGUCAGAGGUGUGUUGGUGGGAGCUUGAAUAAGGCCCUUAACCAUGUCUGUCCUGCUCUGACCCCUGACUCCAACAAGCUGGGAUGUAUGAAAAGAGAUCUCCUCUUGUGCGAUUAAUGAAGUAUAUAGAAUUCAUUUCACUCAGAUGAUCAACAUAAAUACCAAAUGCUUCUCCUUUGGAACAGACUGGUGAGGAUGUCCAAUCAGAGAAUCACAAAAAAGGUAUUUUAUUGGGCCGUCUCCAAUCUUCACCCCUGGGCAUAUGAGUUAAGUCUUUAUUUCAUUUGAACAGCUCAUCAUUUAUUUUUCAUGAUAGGUUAUUAUGUGACAUUCAGGAGAUGAGGAGUUAUAUGUUUCUGAGGUUUAGAGAUAAAUGGUCUGUUGGUAUUUGGUAUAAACCAGAAAUGCGAACUUAUUGUCUUAUAAAGGGAAGAUACAAUGUGGAACCUUUUGUGAAGUAUAAGUAAAAGACAGAGAUCCCUGUGUGCUCUGUUACACUCAGGAACAUUAGCAUUAGCUCUAGAGACUGGGAGGUUAAAUGCUGCUCCAGAGAAGGACAGACUUGGUUUGUUGUGUUAUUUAGGUGAAGUUGAGAAUGAGGUUCAUUUUAUGUUUUAUUGUCCUCGAGAUGAAGAUGUAAGGGGGGUACUUUUCAGUCAGAUGUCCUCUGUUUAUUUUGAUUUCUUUUCGGCUGGAUGACAAAAACCUAGCUGGAAGCUGGAGAACCUAGCGUUAUGUUUGAGAAGAGGAACCUUUUUCAUGGCAGAAUUUCUUUGCCAGGCCUGGAAUAAAAGGGAGCAUAUUUUGUUUAAGGACCAAGCAGCAGAAUGCUGUGUGUUUUGUAUGUAUUGCUGCAAUACUAUUAUAUUGGUGUCUUGUAAAUCCAUGACGGAAGGGCACCCUUGUGUGCAUGACACGAAAAUAAAGACAUCAAUCAGUGAUCUGUUUGACGAAGUAACUUCGAGCACCAACCAGCUGCACCUGUGCUGAAUUAGGUGAAGUCAUUUGGAAGACAGGAAAUUCUUAUACAAUCACUUGUUUUUGUAUUUUUGUUUGUUUGUUGUUGUUUUUACAUGAAGCAAAAUUAAAUUGACCGUGAUUCCAUGUUGAGGAGCAAUAAAAGGAGAACACAUCCACAGGAAGUGGAUACCUUGUAUAGACAUGUUUACCUGUGGCAGGUAGACGUCAGUGGUCAGAGGUUUGUUUUGUUGUGUGACUGUAGUUUUUCAGAGCAUUUCUCUUCCUGGAACAAAAGAGAGAACAAUCCCAGCAGAACCAGUCUGACCACAUAUUUACUUGUUUCCUCCAUUCAGUUCUAUGAAACUGGGUGGAGCCAACAUGUGGCGAUAAAAGAGAGCUGAGUGGCUCAGACUAGUUCCAGUUGUCUCACUUCUCUGAAAGCAGAAACUUAUUCAGUCGCUGCUGCUUCGAAGAGAAAAUGGCUCAGAAAGAAGCCGAGCUUUAUUCAGAGAACAUCUCUUGUUCCAUCUGUCUGGAUCUCCUGAAGGAUCCGGUGGCUCUCUCCUGUGGACACAGCUACUGCAUGGACUGUAUUGAAACCCACUGGGAUGGAGAGGACCUGAAGACAACCUACAGCUGUCCUCAGUGCAGGAAGACCUUCACACCGAGGCCUGUCCUGGAGAAGAACGUCCUGUUAGCAGAGUUAGUGGAGGAGCUGAAGAACACUGGACUCCAAGCUGCUGCUGCUGAUCACUGCUAUGCUGGAGCUGAAGAUGUGUCCUGUGAUGUCUGCACUGGGAGGAAGAUGAAAGCCUUCAAGUCCUGUCUGGUCUGUCUGGUCUCCUACUGUGACAAUCACCUUCAGCCUCACUAUGAGUCUCCAGCCUUUAAGAAACACCAGCUGGUGGAGCCCUCCAAGAACCUCCAGGAGAACAUCUGCUCUCAUCAUGAUGAGGUGAUGAAGAUGUUCUGUCGUACUGAUCAGCAGUUGAUAUGUUAUCUCUGUUCUAUGGAGGAACAUAAAGACCAUGAAACAGUCAAGGCUGCAGCAGAAAGGACUGAGAAGCAGAAGACGCUUGAGCCAAGUCGACUGAACAUCCAGCAGAGAAUCCAGGACAGACAGAAAUAUGUGAAGCUGCUUCAACAGGAGCUGAAGGACAUCAGAGUCUCUGCUGAUAAAACAGUGGAGGACAGUCAGGAGAUGUUCAACGAGCUGAUCCAUCUCAUCCAGAACAGAAGCUCUGAGGUGGAGCAGCAGAUCAGAUCCCAGCAGGAGACCAAAGAGAGUCGAGUCAAAGAGCUUCAGGAGAAGCUGGAGCAGGAGAUCAGGGAUCUGGAGAGGAAAGACGCUGAGCUGAAGCAGCUCUCAGAUCUAGAAGAUCCCGCCCAGUUCCUCCACAAAUACCCCUCAGUGUCAGCACUCAAUGAGUCCAUACCUUCAUCCAGCACCAACAUCGGUAUUCAAAAGGACUUGGAGGACGUGAAAGCAGCUGUGAAAGAGCUCAGAGAUAAACUACAAGACAUUCUGAAGGACAUCUGGACAAACGUCUCAGUGGAAGUUACUGUAAUGGGAGGUUUACGGUCAGAACCAAAGACCAGAGCUGAAUUCUUAAAAUAUUCACGAGAAAUCACUCUGGAUCCAAACACAGCUCACAGCCAUCUGCUACUAUCUGAUGGAGACAGAAAAGUAACAUUAAUGAAACAACAUGAUCCGAUUCAGUCUCAUUAUCCAGACAGAUUCACUUUUGUUUUUCAGGUCCUGGGUAAAGACAGUCUGAUUGGACGAUGUUACUGGGAGGUGGAGUGGAGGGGAGGAGGAGGAGUUGAUGUCGCCAUUGCAAACAAUAGAAUCAGCAGAGAAGGAAGCUCACGAGAAUGUGGAUUUGGACUCAAUGAGAACUCUUGGGCUUUACGAUGUCACACCAGCAAUUCUAAAUUUAGGCACAAGAACACCGGAACUUGCGUCUCUUGUCCUCUGUCCUCCAGAAUCGGAGUCUACCUGGAUCACAGUGCAGGUAUUCUGUCCUUCCACAGCGUCUCUGAAACCAUGACUCUCCUCCACAGAGUCCAGACCACAUUCACUGAGCCGCUACAUGCUGGAGUUCGACUUUAUCAUUCUGGAAAUUCUGCAGAGUUCAUUAAACUCACAUAGUGUCAAAAACCUGGAUAUUAAUGUGCUAAAGAGUCAAAAGCCUGGAUAGUAAUGUACUGAAGUGUGAAAAACCUGGGUAUUAAUGUAAUAAAGGGUCAAAAAUGGAUAUUAAUGUAGCAAAGGGACAAAAACCUGGAUCUUAAUGUAGUAUAUUGUCUAAAACUUGGAUAUUAAUGUAGUAUAUUGUCUAAAACUUGGAUAUUAAUGUAGUAUAUUGUCUAAAACUUGGAUAUUAAUGUACCUAAGUAUCAACAACUUGGAUGUUAAUGUAGUAAAAAGUGUAAAACCUAUAUAUUAAUGUAUGAUACUGUAAAAACCUGCAUAAUAAUACACAACAUGGAGAAAAUGGUGAGGAAUCUUUAUGUUAAUGUACUAAAGUGUGAACUGAACUGUAAACUGUAAAAUAUCAAGCUGGUGAAUAAACUGUAACAUUCUGAAACUGUAAAAGUGUGAAAAUAACUGUCAAAAAUUAUGUUUUUUUUAGCUGGUUUAAAUCAACAAGGUUUUUGAUGUGGAAACUGUUGACAGUUUUGUUUUUUCAUAGUUAAUGACGUAAACUAAGACAUUUGUGUGGAGUGUUUACUAGUUAUUGCACCGUAUUUAUGCUAUGAAAUAACAGUUAAAAAUGUAUGACUUUUCACUCUUGAGCACACAUUUAUUCUGCAAUUCAACAGAAGAAAAAUCUCAAAAACAAUUUUCAGAAUUAUUUCUGUAUUUAUUUCCAAAUUCUUGAUGUGGAUUACUUACGGUUCUGUCCUCUUUUAAUACAGCUUUUUAAUACAUCAUGUACUUCAAAACUACUUUUGUGAUUUCAAUCAAUUUUAUUUGAAAAUUUGCAAAAUAAUCAACAAUCUGUAUUUUUUCUAAAUGGUGUUUCGUUUGGUUACAACAUUUGGAAUAAACUUCUCCCACAUAGCC